GCGCGGUUAGACUGUGCGGAAAGCAGCCGGGAGGCCGCCGCCCGCAACCCCAGACGCUCCGGCGCCGGGACACAGCACCCUGUGCACCACCUCUCGGCUGUGCCCCCACCCGUUCGACAAGAUGUCUGUGAAGGAAGGCGCACAGCGCAAAUGGGCGGCGCUGAAGGAGAAGCUGGGGCCACAGGACUCAGACCCCACAGAGGCCAACCUGGAGAGUGCUGAGCCCGAGUUGUGCAUCCGGCUGCUGCAGAUGCCCUCGGUGGUCAACUACUCGGGCCUGCGCAAACGCCUGGAGAGCAGCGAUGGCGGCUGGAUGGUGCAGUUCCUGGAGCAGAGCGGCCUGGACCUGCUGCUGGAGGCUCUGGCACGGCUGUCAGGGCGUGGUGUGGCCCGCAUCUCGGAUGCCCUGCUGCAGCUCACCUGCAUCAGCUGUGUGCGUGCGGUCAUGAAUUCACAGCAGGGCAUCGAAUACAUCCUCAGCAACCAGGGUUAUGUGCGCCAGCUAUCCCAGGCCCUGGACACCUCCAACGUAAUGGUCAAGAAGCAGGUGUUUGAACUGCUGGCUGCUCUGUGCAUCUAUUCACCUGAGGGCCAUGCACUGACGCUCGAUGCCCUGGACCAUUACAAGACGGUGUGCAGCCAGCAGUACCGCUUCAGCGUCAUCAUGAAUGAGCUCUCAGACAGUGACAACGUGCCCUAUGUCGUCACCCUGCUCAGUGUGAUCAACGCUAUCAUUCUGGGUCCUGAGGACCUCCGCAUGCGUGCCCAGCUGCGGAGUGAGUUCAUCGGGCUACAGCUGCUAGAUAUUCUGACCCGGCUACGAGACUUAGAGGACGCCGAUCUGCUGAUUCAGCUGGAAGCCUUCGAAGAGGCCAAAGUGGAGGACGAGGAGGAGCUUCAGCGUUUGAGCGACGGAAUCAACAUCAACAGCCACCAGGAAGUCUUUGCCUCCCUGUUCCACAAGGUGAGCUGUUCGCCGGCAUCGGCCCAGCUGCUGUCAGUGCUGCAGGGUCUCAUGCACCUGGAGCCCGCUGGCCGCUCAGGCCAACUGCUCUGGGAGGCCCUGGAAAACCUGGUGAACCGGGCCGUGCUCCUGGCCAGUGAUGCCCAUGCUUGCACCCUGGAGGAGGUAGUCGAGCGACUGCUGUCCAUCAAAGGGCGGCCCCGACCAAGCCCCCUGGACAAGGCCCACAAGAGUGUCCAGACCAACUUAGUUCAGAAUCAGGGCAGCUCCUCCCAGAACACUACUGCUCUCACAACUAAAGUGGAAGGCCAGCAGCCGAUAGUGGCUGCUUCCUGCCACCGUGUGGGCAGCAUCCAGAGCUCCAGCGCUGGCAUAGCUCCACAGCCAGAAGCCCUUGAGCAGUGGAUAGCACCCUCACCUCUACCUACCCCUCCACUCUCCAGCUCCACCCCUGUGCUCCCUCCACCCCCACCUCCCCUGCCAGGAUCAGGGACCUCAUCUCCCCCAGCACCCCCUCCACCCCCACCUUUGCCACCCCCUUUACCAGGCUCAGGGACCGUAUCUCCCCCUCCCCCUCCACCCUUGCCACCCCCUUUACCAGGCUCAGGGACUGUACCUCCCCCUCCACCCCCACCUCCCCUACCAGGUGCAGGGGCUACUUCUCCCCCAGCACCUCCGCCACUUCCAUCUCUUCCUGAUUCCCACAGGACCCCGCCCCCACCCCCACCCCUACCCCUAAUCCCUGGCAUGUGCCCAGUUCCUCCUCCUCCCCCACUACCCAUAGCAGGCCAGAUCCCUCCACCUCCUCCCCCCCUGCCUGGUUUCUCUGCCCCCUCCAUGACGGGUGGUGUGGAAGAGAUCAUUGUGGCCCAGGUGGACCACAGCCUGGGCUCGGCCUGGGUCCCCAGUCACCGCAGAGUGAAUCCACCCACCCUGCGAAUGAAGAAGCUGAACUGGCAGAAGCUGCCAUCCAAUGUAGCAAGAGAGCGCAACUCCAUGUGGGCAACACUGAGCAGCCCCUGCACAGCCGCAGUAGAACCCGACUUCUCCAGCAUUGAGCAGCUGUUCUCCUUCCCCACGGCCAAGCCCAAGGAGCCCUCUGCUGCCCCCGCCAGGAAGGAACCCAAAGAAGUCACUUUUCUGGACUCCAAGAAGAGCCUGAACCUCAACAUCUUCCUGAAGCAGUUUAAAUGUUCCAAUGAAGAAGUUACCAGCAUGAUCCAGGCUGGAGACACAAGCAGGUUUGACGUGGAGGUCCUCAAGCAGCUCCUGAAGCUCCUUCCAGAGAAGCACGAGAUUGAGAACCUACGGGCGUUCACAGAGGAGCGAACCAAAUUGGCCAACGCUGACCAGUUCUACGUUCUUCUCCUGGACAUCCCCUGCUACCAGCUGCGGGUGGAGUGCAUGAUGCUGUGUGAGGGGACGGCCAUCGUACUGGACAUGGUGCGGCCCAAGGCCCAGCUGGUGCUCACCGCCUGCGAGAGCCUGCUUACCAGCCAGAGGUUGCCAGUCUUCUGUCAGCUGAUCCUCAAAAUUGGGAAUUUCCUCAACUACGGCAGCCACACGGGAGAUGCGGAUGGUUUCAAGAUUAGCACCCUGCUGAAGCUCACAGAGACCAAGUCCCAGCAGAGUCGCGUGACGCUGCUGCACCAUGUGCUGGAGGAAGUGGAGAAGAGCCACCCGGACCUCCUACAGCUGUCCCAGGACCUGGAGCCGCCCUCUCAAGCUGCAGGAAUCAACUUGGAGAUCAUCCACUCAGAGGCCAGUGCCAACCUGAAGAAGCUUCUAGAAACGGAGAGGAAGGUGUCCGCUUCAAUCCCCGAGGUGCAGAAGCAGUAUGCUGAGCGCCUCCAGGUCAGCAUUGAGGCCUCUCGGGCGCUGGACAAGGUGUUUGAUGCCAUUGAGCAAAAGAAGCUGGAGCUGGCUGACUACCUGUGUGAAGAUCCCCAGCAGCUGUCCCUAGAGGACACGUUCACCACCAUGAAGACCUUCCGAGACCUCUUCACCCGUGCCCUGAAGGAGAACAAGGACCGGAAGGAACAGAUGGCAAAAGCAGAAAGGAGAAAACGGCAGCUGGCGGAGGAGGAGGCACGGAGGCCGAAGGGCGAGGACGGGAAGCCUGUCAGGAAGGGUCCCGGGAAGCAAGAAGAAGUGUGUGUUAUCGAUGCCCUGCUGGCAGACAUCAGGAAGGGCUUCCAGCUACGGAAGACAGCCCGGGGCCGGGGAGACACUGAAGCAGGUGGCAGAGUGGCCACAGCAGAUCCUCCAAAGGCCACAGAUCCUGCAAGUGCCAGCAAUCCUACCCAGGGCACAAACCACCCUGCCUCAGAGUCAAGCCAGGACACCACAGCAGCUGGCGAGCCACAGGGCUGGGACCUUGUGGACGCUGUAACCCCCAGCCCCCAGCCAUCCAAGGAGGAAGAUGGUCCUCCAGCCCUGGAGAGGCGGUCCUCUUGGUAUGUGGAUGCCAUCGACUUCCUGGCCCCUGAAGAUACCCCGAAUGCCCAGCCCUCUGAGGGAGUGUGGCCGGUGACUCUGGGAGAUGCUCAAGCUCUGAAGCCCCUCGAGUUCUCUACCAAUAAGCCUCCCGGAGUCGAGAGGUCACACCAGGACGCUACAGACGCUGAAGCCUCGUGGGGCGUCCACCGAGCCAAGGCCGACAGCACCAGUGAGGGACCAGAGGACGCGGCUGAGCGAGGACAGAGCGCCCACCUCCCCCGCACAGGCCCUGGAGAGGAUGAGGAUGAAGAAGACACAGCUCCAGAAUCUGCACUUGACACGUCCCUGGACAGGUCCUUCUCUGAAGAUGCAGUGACAGAUUCCUCAGGGUCUGGUACCCUCCCCAGGGUCCAAGGCCGGGUCUCAAAGGGGACGAGCAAGCGGAGGAAGAAACGUCCCUCAAGGAUCCAAGAAGGGCCUGGGACCUCUCCCGGCUAUCCUGCUGGUCCCUCCCUUACCCCUGUGGGUACUACAGGCUCAACCAGCAUCCAGGAGAGAGGGUGAUUGAAUGGGGCACAGCACUUCACACAAGAGGGUUGCUUUGGGGGCCACUGCCUGCAUCACUCACCUGCAAAUUCCUGCCCCCACACCCCUUCCGCAGGGAGUAGAGCAGGCUAGCCCUUGGCUCUUGCUCCUGCAGAGUGGUCUGACAUAUUAAGUUCCCGAUUGCAGCCUCUUUUGUCACCAUGACCAAAGAGUUGGCUUCGUUCUGGUAGUUAGUUUCUAACCCUGACCAAGAGUGUUGGCAUGGCUAGCCUGGCCCCCACAGAUCCCAUCACCCUAAGUUCAGGGCUGCCCCGUGUGCUAAGCUGAUGGGUGUGUUUCCUUUAUUUGAAAGCAGAGUUUGCCCCUGAUUCUGAUGAUAUUAAGGGAAAAAGGCUGUGUGUGAUCCAGUGAGGUAUGUAUACAGCCUGGCUUGUGUUAACCAAUGACAACAGCGGGUUCCGGGGCCUCAGCCUGCCGCCUGGUCCUCCUGAGUACUAACCUAGCUUGUCUCCAGCUCUCUCGGUAUACCAGCAAACCCCUCACUUGGCUCGUGGUGGUGGUCCCUUUGCUCUGCUGCCUUGUUAGAGAAGGCCCAGCUGCCAAGCCUUGCCUGCCCAGUGUCUUCUCUCUCUCUCUCAGCCGGAGACAACUUAAGAGCUGAACUCCAGAUGGGCUUCCAAGGCAUGGUAGAUAGAGCCAAGCUGGGCUCCUUCUAGGGUUGUGGUCACAGUGUGGGCUCUCUGAGGAUGGCUGCUUCUUAGUCCUGCAGGACAGACUGAGGUUGUUCCUAUCUGUGUCUCAGUCCUACCCAUGGUCAAGUUAACUGCGGCUUUACUAAUCCGCUCGUCAGGAAACACCUUCCGUCUGCACGGGCCCAAUCCUCUAACACUACUCCAGCUCGCCUGUGGUCCAGGUUAUGGUCAAGCACAUGUCUGAAAAGAUUCUAUGGAAAUGACUGUGUUGAGUGCACAUGCUGCCAGAGGCAAAGAUGCAGGGGCCUUCCCUCCCUGUAGCCAGGCACAGAGUUGGAUCCGUUUAAAUUCCAGGUUGUCUUAGUUAGGGUUUUACUGCUGUGAACAGACACCAUGACCAAGGCAAAUCUUAUAAGGACAACAUUUAAUUGGGGCUGGCUUACAGGUUCAGAGGUUCAGUCCAUUAUCAUCAAGGCGGGAACAUGGCAGCAUCCAGGCAGGCAUGGUGCAGGCAGAGCUGCCAGUUCUACAUCUUUUUCUGAAGGCUACUAUGAGGAGACUAACUUCCAGUCAGCUAGGAUAAGGGUCUUAAAGCCCAUAGCCACAGUGACACACUCACUCCAACAAGGCCACACCUCCUAAUAGUGCCACUCCCUAGGCCAAGCAUAUACAGUCACACCGGUCUUCCUCUUAUAUGCCAUAGUGAGGCUUCUGGGCCUGCCUCAUGGCAGGACAGACAGAGCCAAUUCAUGGCCCGAGACAUUAAAGAUGUAUUGGACCAGAUUGGGGCCCUGUUCCAUGGCCAGGCAUCAUGGAUGGAGGAAGGCCUGGCUAGGACAAAAAAGUCUGGCCCCAUCAUGAACUGUGGGAGCCUGAACAAACCCCAAAACCUCUGGCCCGGCACAGGGACCCUGGGCCUGCCUACCUGGUACUCUGAACUGCUGGCCACCAGGCUGAAGUCUCAGGAUUGAAGUACAAGGAUGAGGUCUGUUGGUGCCUUGUAGGCAGGAGCCCCAGGGAGCCCCAGGCCCAGCCUGCAUAGUAGUCUUCCCUCAUUUUCCAGUGAUGUUGACCCUGCAGUCAGGACUGCCCCACUGGGCAAUGCAUUUCGAUGGAGACCAGCUCCUGUGUCCCUGGAUCGGCAGUGUCUCUAUGCCGAGCACCCCUGUUGUAGCUAACCCAGACCUGCUACACCCCUGCCUUGGUUGGUUCAUUUCCCCACUCCCUACAGAUGCCUUAAUAAUACUCCAGGCGAAGCUUUGACAGCUAGCCAAUGCUCCUCUCCUUUUCUCUUUGUCUUCUGGGCAAAUUCUCAAACUCAAGCUUCCAAGGGAGAGCCUGGAACCCCACCCACCACUGGUGAGAAAGCAGGCUUUUUGGGCAGCUCAGAGGAUGUAGGGAACAGGGUUUCCUACAGGCUGGGGUUGGUGUCAAUUUCAGUGUGUGACUGCCAGCCCAGGGCCCUCCCUGGUCAGUACCCAGCCAGAUAGAAAGCAGGAAAGACCAAGUUGCGCUCAAAGGACCUAGUGAGGCUCGGUGAGAGCAGACAAUAGGUAUGGGUCUGUGAAAAGUAGGCCGUUUGGAGCCCACUGAAGACAGUCCAGACAGGCACCACACCUGGUUGUGACAGCCUCCAAAACAGCAGUCUGCGGAUAUCAACUUAGCUCCAUCCCUUGGGAAGAAUCUCCUACUGGAGUGGACCUGGAUACACUUCAGAGCCUUGGCCAUGACAUUGAGACCCUUUAUUGGGCACCUAGAGCUUCCUGAGAAAGGCCGCUCCUAACAUUACCAUUUCCUUCCCCACAGGCCUCAGGUCCAGGCCCAAAGCCAAGUGAGUGACCUCAUCGGCUCAGCACAUCGGCAGCUGCUGCAUGUGCUGCCCGGAGAGGCUCUUCAGGCCAGGCUGGGACUGGGCCCCUGAGAAACCCAAACUCCGUGCCUUACCCAGCCAGGAUCCUUGGGAACCUUGGCCACUGAUGCUAGGACCUGGCCUGGCGUCACCCCGGACCCCCUGCACGCUCAUAGCCUCGCCAUCUGCUUUUGCAAGCUGCUGCCCACCCCGUAUCGCAUGCACCACAGGGGUGGAAGGGAGCCUCCUGUCUGGCUCUAGGAAGAAGACAGGUACAGACACCCGUAAUGUGCUGAAACAUCCCCCAUCUGCCCUGACUCAGUUGAUUUUUAGCCGAGUACUCUUCUGCAUCUUCAUUCUGCUGUGGCUGAAGUUGGGGUUAGUGAGAGCCUGCGGGGAAUGCUCCUUGGAAGUGCUCUGGGUAGGACCUGGCAGGUAGGCCCUAUGGAACAAACAAACAAACAAACAAAAGUUCAUCUGUACAAUGGGUGGUUAUCUCCCUCAGUGUCUGCCCAGUGGGGAACAAGCUGCCCCUGCUCAGGCCCUCUCAGGGGUGCACUCUUGAGUCUGCAGGCCAGCAGGGGUUUUAACCAAUAAAGAGCAACCUUAUCUGUCA